ACCUGUUGCUGUGUUCAAACACAUACACGCGCGCGCGCCACCGUGAGUGGAGCCCAGACCGUAAAAUUAGCCCACAGGUAGGACGUUUUGCCAAAGUAGGACGUUUUCUCAGAACACCGGGUCUACUUACCUCAGAGGCAGCACUAGCUCCACAGACAGACCCAGCCAUGGCUAACAUCGCAGUCCAAAGGAUUAAGCGAGAGUUUAAAGAAGUUCUCAAGAGCGAAGAGACAAGUAAAAACCAGAUUAAAGUUGAUUUAGUGGAUGAGAACUUCACAGAGCUGAGGGGGGAGAUAGCAGGACCUCCAGACACGCCGUACGAAGGUGGCAGAUAUCAACUUGAAAUAAAAAUCCCAGAAACAUACCCUUUUAACCCACCAAAGGUGCGUUUUAUUACCAAGAUCUGGCAUCCUAACAUCAGUUCAGUGACCGGAGCAAUAUGUCUGGACAUUUUAAAGGACCAGUGGGCAGCUGCGAUGACCCUCAGGACGGUGCUGCUGUCUCUACAGGCCCUUCUUGCUGCAGCAGAACCAGAUGAUCCACAGGAUGCAGUAGUAGCAAAUCAGUACAAACAAAAUCCAGAGAUGUUCAAACAGACAGCACGGCUGUGGUCGCACGUCUAUGGAGGCGCUGCUGUCUCCAGUCCCGACUACACACGAAAAAUAGACAAACUCUGUGCCAUGGGCUUUGAUAAGAAUGCAGUAAUAGCAGCCUUGUCUUCGAAAUCCUGGGAUGUGGAAACGGCGACAGAACUGCUGCUCAGCAACUGAGAUCCAUCAUGUCCACCACAGCACCAGCUGCUUCCCGGCACCAUUCCAGCGUUGCAUUUCAUGAAGCAGAGAGCACCUCUUCAUGUUCAACACAGCAGCCUGAGCCUUCCGUUAUUCAAUCAGUUAGCUACAAAGUCAACACCAGUAGCAACACACACACACACACACACACACACACACACACACACACACACACACACGCCCGUUGCCGACAUGCUCACCACCCUGUUGCCUGUCUGAUCCCAUCAUUACACCGAGGCGCUCCUUCCUCUCGACUUAAUCCGUGCUCUUGUAAAGAAAAAAGCUAAGCAGGAAAACUUUCAUUCAUCUGGACGCUCUGUGGUUUUACUCUAAACGGCUGCCAUGGUUGGUUCUUGCGGGGUAAAGUGUAACUGCUGUCCUCUCCUCCAGACUUUGACUGUAAAAGUCUUGCAGCGUUAAACAGACUUGACUGGAUAGCACGGUGCAUGAGCAGUGGUGUUCCCGAUGUGCCAUCGUGUUUCCAUCCACAACACAAGUUUGGAAUAUUUUUUUAAACUCGUCUGUAAAGAUCAGCCACAUCCUCCAGGGUUGCCGUGCACAAGUUUCCUGUAAAUAGAUGAGUGUAAAUUUAAACUAUAACACUAAUGUUCUUUUUUAUUACAUGGAUGACGUUGUAAAACUGGUUAUUUUGAAUAGAUGCUACGCCUACUUUACAAUCCCAUGGAGCGAUGUUCUGAGAUCGAUGACGAGGUGCUCUGAUCAGUUUGGUUCUUUCCCGCCUACACCUCCAUCUUCUGGGAUUGUGUUAAAGCUUCUGCCCGUAAUGCCAACGCAGAUUUGUGGAAAUGAUUUUCUUUAAUAGCUGCAUGGUCUGUUGCCUUAAUUUAUUUGGCUAAACGGUGUACUGGGUGUUAGGUUGAAUUAGUUUCUGUACACCUCUGUUCAGAAAGCUGCCUGUUUGGAGUUUUAUCUGUGGAAAAUGAACUUUUCUAUUUUUAACUUACAAGCUGCUUUCUGGAACAUGUAAGUGUUACACCUCAGCAGGGACUGAGUGUUAUAACAUUAUUGUUUGAAGUGCUUUAUUUCUUUUCAGACAGGUUAAAAAUUUUCCCUCCAAAUUAAGAAAUUAAACCACAAUUACAUUCAGCACCAGCUGAUCAGAACAUUUGUCAUAAAUACGAGAGAACUGGUGGUCAAUGUGCUACGGAGCCAAAAACAAAAGCUGGACCAGAACAAGCUCCCCGUCGGAGCCCCAAACCGAAGGCAGCCUUCUUGUAAAUAACUUGGGUUUGGUUUUGAAUCUAGAGCCAUGAUGUAAUCGCACGAGUGCACCAACUGCAGCGGAUUAUUUUGUUUUUGAAAGAAAACACAAACAGAAGCCUCUUCCACCCCGUCUUCCUGCUGUUCUCACCAUGUACGAUGCUGCACGACGACUUAAGUAUUUACAUAAUAGAGCAAGAGGCUGUUGCAUCGCUAUUUGGAUAGAGGCUUGUUUCCGUUUUGUUUUUUGGAAGCAAUCAUCAGCGGUUCAAAAAGCAUGGUUAUUUAUUGUGACAGUGACAUGUUUUCUUUGAUUAAAAAAAAUGAAAAGUAAAAA